UAAAUGCGACAUCCACUAAUUUCUCUACUAUUGCUAAUAGCAUUCUACUCUACAUCGUCAGAAGCAUUCGUUCCAAAAUGUAACUCAUUUUAUGUUCGAUGGCCUCGAGUUCGUCUCAACUUCAAGGCAGUUGCUGAAGCGAGACUUUCAUUAAAAGGGUGUCAAUCCGCAUGUUCACUUGGAGAAGAUCCAGUCAGUCCAGGAAAACAAUUAGAGUGUGCUGCAGUGAAUCAUCAAGCAUCUCCAGAUGGCUUUUCACAUCUUUGCGCCGUUUUCCAGCCGCAUCAACUACAAAAUGUUGACGGUUAUGUUGAGGCGGAUGAUCGAUUCACAUUCUACUGGAAAUAUUGCCUUCCUUCCACUCGAAAAUGUUCUGGAGAAUACGCAUUCACAUAUCUUUCGGAUCGUUAUAUGGAUCAAAAGUCAGUUAUAAAAUGGACAACAAAAGCAAAUUUAGAAGAGUGUCUUUCGGAUUGUUUGGAUGAAAAAUCAUUUGAAUGCCGUUCAAUCUCCUUCAAUAGAACAGACGGAGGAUGUCAUAUGUCUAAGGAUUCACAAAUUUCACGACCGGAAGCCAUUCGAUUGAACAAUAACCCCAACUAUCGAAUUGAUUAUUACGAGAAUAACUGUUACAAUUUAUCCGAAUCAUUCACAUUCAAACAUGAAUGUCGUGAUAAUGGAAUCUCAGUCAGCGUCAAGUCUCGUCUUCCUUAUACUGGAGCCAUUUAUGGACUUUAUGACUUCUUCACUUGUCGGACUGAACCAAAAGAAGCCACUGAAUUCGAUCACUUUUUCCCAUAUCAGACUGUCAGCAAGAACUGUUCGGAUUCUAUUAAGUACAAGGGAAACGAAAUGGUACUUGAAGUUGUCUUAUCUACUGAUGGAAUAGAGCCACUUUAUUUCAUUACUCCUGAAGAUUUGACAUACCAGGCAAAAUGUCCAAUUAGUGGUGUAAAAGCAAAGGAUCCCGCUAACACAAAAUCCUCGGCUCAUUUGGAUAACAGAAACAAGGCAAUGGAAGCAUCAGCGCAUGCAUUGUUUGAGUUACUCUCGAAAACUGGAGAUGAUGAAGCCCUUCAAAACACAUUCCCACUUCCAUUGACUACCACAACAGAAGUAAUAAGGCAAGUUACGACUACAACCAAGAAACCAUCAACUACAACUUCUACUAAAAAGUUGACGACCACAACAACCACAACCCCAAAACCAUCCCAAAAACCUACCACCACUACCACCAAAUCCCCUGUUGUUAUUACUACUACUACAAAAACUUCCCCUAAGCCAACUACUUCCCCAAGUACAACAACUUCUACUACUACUUCAACCACAAUUCCACCAAGUACUACAACCAGGAAACCAGCUAACCCUCGCAGAUCCACUAUCAUGUCGGCAACUUCAAAAGUUGCAAUAAUCGUAGGAAAAGAUUCAAGUUUUGCCAGAGCUCGGCUCUUUACUACAAAACAUCCAAGUACACAGAAAAUUGAUGUGCCAACUACUACCGUACAAACUUCAACUACCGUACCAACCACACCAUCCAAAACAACUGCUACCACUACAACAACUCCAAAGCCAACCACUACAGAGACAGCUACAACUUCUUCAUCAACAACCACAGUAACCACACAAAAACCUACAACCGUUACGUCAACAACAACAUUACCAUCCACAACGGCAUCUACAACAACUAAAACUACUACAAGUACGCCCACGUCACCACAAACAACGACCACUCAUGUAGGAGCUCCCGCAUCUUCCGUUGCAUCGGUGGCUCAUGAUGGCUCAACACUUGCCGGAAAACCAAAAGUUCCAGUGAUUUUCGAUAUUUUCCACAACGGACAACCAGUUGAAGCCGUCGUUGUUGGAACAAAAAUCAGUCUAUCAUUCCGUCCACACUAUCCAAUUCCACCGGAGUACGUAGACGUUCGUGGUUGCCAAGUUGAGCCAAUUGAUCCAAAAUAUGAAUGGGAGCACGAGCCACUGUUCAUCAUAAGAGAUGGAUGUCCUGCUGACGGUGUUGGUCUCGUCUGCCCACCAACACAUUCUGAGUUUGGAGCAAAAGUUUCCGUUGAGGCAUUCAGAUAUCAAACAACUGGACAAGUACAGUACUCCUGUCUCGUGAGAAUAUGUCCAUUUGCUCCGUGUCCGAAGAACACAUGCGACGACGUGGAAGGCUGUGACAGUAGCUACAUGCAUCGAUACAGGCGAGAAUUAUCACUUGAAGACAUCAAAAAAGCAUUGGAAGCAAACCCAGAACUUGCUUCUCAGUUCGGAAUUUCACCGUCCGCGUUUGCAAGAAAUCCGUCGAAAUCUAAAAAUUUCACAAGCGUUGUUGAAGAACAACAAAGAAUCGCACUCGGCGGAGAUUAUCUUGUUCGGCGUCGAUUGAUUGUUGUCAACUCUGAAGAUCAAUUGAGAUAUUACGUUCGAACUGGAAACAUCUGAAAAUACACACAAAAAAUGUCUUCAUGUCAGCUUUAUAACUUUGUUUUUAUUCUUCUUUCAUUCAAUUAUCCAAACGCCACACGAGCGGGUCUCACAUGGAAAACUCUUGGAGUUAUUCUUCUUAUGAUUUAAGUUAAAUUUUUUGAUGAAUUCACCAUUUUGAUUGAUAAUAAAAUAUUUCAUCGCUUG